AUGGCGAUAGAUGGUCAGACACCUAAUCCAGGCGAGGAUGGACAUGUAGAGGAUUUAAUCCCUACGAUCCGUACUAGUGAUCCUCUGAUAGCCACAUUUGAAGAAGCUGAUGACCCUCCUGUUACCGCUGCCUCUCUUAAGGCCGCGCUCAAAAAACUCAGAAAAGAAAUUGAAAAUGGAGCCUCUACCUCUAGGCAGCCGCCCAGGAGAGAGGAACAGAGGGCUCCAAAGAAGACACACAGCAAAGCGCAUACCAACACGGCCAUCACCAGCGGAAGUCAGGCGGUCCGCACCCCAACUCCUAUUCCAGUCUUUCAUGCCCCAACUCCCAUUAUAGCCCAAUCACUGCAAUAUCCGCCUCCUCAGGGGUUCAAUGGCUUGAUGCAGCCGAACCCCCAGGCAUAUGGACAAUAUGGACCAUACGGGCAGGUGUACGGACAGGCUCCCUAUCUGGCUGGACCGUCCGUGCAACCGCAACCCAUCGAUUGGCAGAUGCGCCUACUUACUCUGGGAGAUAAGCCGCCCCCGUUUUCGCAAGAUAUCUUAAAUGCCUCUCAGCCACCAAAGGUGAAGAGUGUACUUGUGGGAGCCUAUGAUGGCACGGGCAACCCAGAAGAGCACAUCACCUCGUACAGGAACCUGAUGUACUUGCAAAGCGUAGAUGAUACUACUUGGUGCAAAUGUUUCCCGGCCACUCUGAAAGGUGUGGCGCAGGAUUGGUUCAACAGUUUGCCGGCCGGAUGUAUCAAUUGUUUUACUACUCUUAGUUUGCUGUUCGUGGGAAAUUUUUCAUACAAUAUACCGCCUCGAAAGACUAGUCUUAACUUGGCGACAAUCGUCCAAGGAAAAACUGAGGGCUUACGCUCAUACGUCCAGCGAUUUAACCAAGAAAAAGCCCAAAUUCAUAAUCUGCCGGAUGAAAUGGCUUACUCUGAAUUUCUCCGGGGAUUAAGGCACAAUGAAGCGCCGGCCAAGGGGGCUGAGAAAAAAUCUCCUCAGCAAGACUCGGCCGGCCAAAAGAAAGAAGGAAAGAAGAGAAAGGAAGUCUGGGUGGCUGACGCCCAGUCACAGAAGUCCAAGAAGGUCAAGGCGUACGAGCCCCAGUUUGAAUUCAACAAGGAUUGUUAUUCUAUCUUGAUGGAAAUCAAGGAUAAGUUUGAGUUUGAGAAGCCACAGCCGCUGAGAGGCCCGGCUCAGUAUAGGAACAAGAACAAGUAUUGUCAUUACCACAAGGACAUGGGACAUGACACAAAUGAUUGUAUCAACUUGAAGAGACUGCUGGACAAGUUAGCCGAGAAGGGCAUGCUGAAUUCAUAUGUGAUGAAGUCCAAAUUCACUUACACACGGACAAACAACACGUUCGAGCAAAGACAGAAGAAUGAUAAGAACAAAUAUAAAGAAGAUGAUGGCAACAUCACUGAUUCAGGCUUUGUGGCCAUGAUAUCAGGAGGAUUUGCUUCAGGCGGCCCUACUAUGAGGGGGAUCAAGCAGGACGCCCACAACUUGGGUAAAGUAAUGCAAAUGGUUUCUGUGAAGGCCGAACCUUUCCCCGAAGUAGUCAUCAGUGAAGCUGAUCGGGGGGAGGUCAAAGCCUUGCACAAUGAUCCCAUGGUAUUCAUUAUGAAGAUAGCCAACUUGAAAGUCGGACGAAUAUUAAUUGACACGGGUAGCUCGGCUGAUAUCAUCAGCCUGGCCGCCUUGAAAAAUCUAAGCUUCCCAGAGGAUGCUCUCCAGGACAUCACUCACCUGUUGGUUAGAUUUGGGGGGAAUGUCAUCCACCCAGUGGGACGGAUUGACUUACCUGUCCGAUUCGGGCAAAAAGGGGAAGGAAGAGAUAUGGUUGUCCGCUUCUUGGUUGUGAAAGAACUGACUGGAUAUAAUGUCAUACUCGGACGUCCUACACUGAAUGCAGCAAAAGCAGUCAUUGUGCCUCACCUAAUGCUGCUAAAGUUUGAGAGGACGGACGGGAAAAUAGGCACGAUCCAAGGAAGUCAGAAGAUGGCAAAAGAAUGUAAUCAGUUGGCAGUUAAGCCUAUAACGCGCGGACCAAAAUCGUCCGAGCCAAAAGAAGAAGAAACCUCACUCCCAACACAGCAGGUCGGCCAGAAGCGUAAGGCGGCCAAGAUAGAGCAAGCAUAG